CCCAUACAGCACCAAAAGCCAUCCCAGAUCACCACAAUGCCUCACGCCGACUCGUCCUACUUCGGCGCCAACGCCUCCAAAUCCGACAUCUACACUCAGGUCCUCGAACAAGCCCAGGGUCUUGUCUACGGGCAGCGCAACUGGGUCAGUAACUUCUCCAACGUUGCCUCCCUCCUCUGGCACGCCUACGCCGCCCUCCCCAGCCCCUCCUCUUCCGUAAACUGGGCCGGCUUCUACAUCCGCCAAGACAAGUUCCCCAAUGCCCAAACCACCGAGGACCAGAAGCAGAAGCAGGUCCUCUGGCUAGGACCUUUCCAGGGCCGACCUGCGUGUCAGGAGAUUCGGUUCGGAAGGGGCGUGUGCGGCACUGCGGCUGAGAAGCGGGAGACGGUUCUUGUCGGUGAUGUGUUGAGUUUCCCGGGUCAUAUUGCUUGUGAUGCUAGUUCGAGGAGUGAAAUUGUUGUGCCCAUUCUUGUGGGUGGGGAG